GGAAGCUUCCUUCUUUUGCUCUUCGCAAUAAAUCUUGCUGCUACCCACUCUUUGGGUCCAUGCUACCUUUAUGAGCUGUAACACUCAGGGCAAAGGUCUGCAGCUUCACUCCUGAAGCCAGCAAGACCAUGAACCCACCAGGAGGAACAAACAACUCUGGACGUGCCAUGUUUAAGAGCUGUAACACUCACUGUGAAGGUCUGCAGCUUCACUCCUGAAGUCAGUGAGACCAUAAAGCCACUGGGAGGAAUGAACAACUCUGGACAUGUCACCUUUAAGAGCUCUGACACUCACUGCGAAGGUCUGCAGCUUCUGGACACAAUACUAUUCAUUCUCACCUUAAAGACGAGGAAACUAAGGCAAAGAACAGUCAACUAAUAAGGCCAAGUAUACAGAGCUGCUAAGGAAUAGUCUGUCUGAUCCCAAAGGCUGUGUCAUAACUGCUUCCCUAUACUGCCUCUCAGCAGAGGUAAGAGUCAAGUUUUAUUCGUCACUGCCACUCCAUCAGCCCCAGCUUAGUGCCUGACACAGGGAGAUGCUCAAUCAAUGCUGAUUGUUAUUGAGUGGACUAGAAAUGCAAGGCACAGUGAGCCCCUUUGCUGUGACUGAUGGGGUGUCUGAUUUUCUGCUAUAAAGAGAAGGAGAGUGCUGUAUCAAACACACUCCUCUGGCUCCUAGCUCUCUCUGUUCCACUUUGUUUAUCCCAUUUCCCUACUCCUCCUCCUUCGUAACUGCACCAUGUGGAUUCAAAAUUGCAGCUUAGUGCAAACAAAGGGAAAACAGAAUUCUGAAUGGCCCCAGAGGGAAAACUGAACUCUGAAUGACCCCUGUGGGUUUGAGAGAAGAGAAGCAGGAACUUGAGAGAAGAGGAAGACAGAAAGUAAUUAAAAUGUAUUGUUUUAACUUAAUAUUUAACCGAAUGAUAGCAAAAUCUUAUCUGAAAUUGGAAAAGUCAAGGUUUUGAGUGCUGGUUCGGUGCCCAUUUCUUUAUGAUUUGAUAAUCUGAGAAGAAUACGAUGGGUGUGGCUUAAAAACCUAGAUCACGUGUGUAGUUGGAAUUGGGUGUUAUAUGAGCAAACAAAAUAAAUACCUGUGCAACAUACCUGCUUUAUGCACUCAAGCAGAGAAGAAAUCCACAAGUACUCACCAGCCUCCUGGUCUGCAGAGAAGACAGAAUCAAUAUGAGCACAGCAGGAAAAAUGGUGGCUGCAGGAAUCUGUCGUUCAGAUGAGCAUGUGGUUAGUGGCAACCUGGUGACCCCCCUUCCUGUGAUUUUAGGCCAUGAGGCAGCCGGCAUCGUGGAAAGUGUUGGAGAAGGGGUGACUACAGUCAAACCAGGUGAUAAAGUCAUCCCGCUCUUUACUCCUCAGUGUGGAAAAUGCAGAAUUUGUAAAAACCCAGAAAGCAACUACUGCUUGAAAAAUGAUCUAGGCAAUCCUCGGGGGACCCUGCAGGAUGGCACCAGGAGGUUCACCUGCAGCGGGAAGCCCAUCCACCACUUCGUCGGCGUCAGCACCUUCUCCCAGUACACAGUGGUGGAUGAGAAUGCAGUAGCCAAAAUUGAUGCAGCCUCGCCCCUGGAGAAAGUCUGCCUCAUUGGCUGUGGAUUUUCGACUGGUUAUGGGUCUGCAGUCAAAGUUGCCAAGGUCACCCCAGGGUCUACCUGUGCUGUGUUUGGCCUGGGAGGGGUCGGCCUAUCUGUUGUUAUGGGCUGUAAAGCAGCUGGAGCAGCCAGAAUCAUUGCUGUGGACAUCAACAAGGACAAAUUUGCAAAGGCUAAAGAGUUGGGUGCCACUGAAUGCAUCAAUCCUCAAGACUACAAGAAACCCAUUCAGGAGGUGCUAAAGGAAAUGACUGAUGGAGGUGUGGAUUUUUCGUUUGAAGUCAUCGGUCGGCUUGACACCAUGAUGGCUUCCUUGUUAUGUUGUCAUGAGGCAUGUGGCACAAGUGUCAUUGUAGGGGUACCUCCUGAUUCCCAGAACCUCUCAAUAAACCCUAUGCUGCUACUGACUGGACGCACGUGGAAAGGAGCUAUUUUUGGAGGCUUUAAGAGUAAAGAAUCUGUCCCCAAACUUGUGGCUGACUUUAUGGCUAAGAAGUUUUCACUGGAUGCAUUAAUAACAAAUGUUUUACCUUUUGAAAAAAUAAAUGAAGGAUUUGACCUGCUUCGCUCUGGAAAGAGUAUCCGUACCGUCCUGACGUUUUGAAACAAUACAGAUGCCUUCCCUUGUAGCAGUUUUCAGCCUCCUCUACCCUACAUGAUCUGGAGCAACAGCUAGGAAAUAUCAUAAUUCUGCUCUUCAGAGAUGUUAAAAAUAAAUUACACGUGGGAGCUUUCCAAAGAAAUGGAAAUUGAUGGGAAAUUAUUUGUCAAGCAAAUGUUUAAAAUCCAAAUGAGAACUAAAUAAAGUGUUGAACAUCAACUGGGGAAUUGAAGCCAAUAAACCUUCCUUCUUAACCAUUCAA